CUCGCGCAGUAACAUUGUAACAACACGAUAUAGAGAGAGGGAGCUUAUAUCUGGCCCAAACCCUAACCAGCAAAACUGCUCGAAGAAGAAAGAAGACGACGACGAAAAAUUAGCUCUGAUCAUGUCCUUCUCUACUCGCCUCUUGUCCAAGUCCAGACAGUUGCAUGCUGGCCAGUUUCUUUUGCAACGGGAGCAUGCUGUUCCUAUCCGUUCCUUUGCUAAAGAAGCUGCUCGCCCAGUUCUUAAGGGAGAUGAGAUGUUGAAGAACAUUUUCUUGGAGAUUAAGACGAAAUUUGAGACUGCCCUGGGGAUACUUAAAAAGGAAAAGAUCACCAUUGACCCUGAUGACCCUGCUGCAGUAGAGCAGUAUGCAAAGGUCAUGAAGACUGUUAGAGAAAAGGCACAAUUGUUCUCGGAAUCUCAACGAAUUCAAUACACCAUUCAAACACGAACACAAGGUAUUCCAGAUGCUCGGACAUACCUCUUGACGUUGAAGGAGAUACGGAUCAAGAGAGGCCUCACUGAUGAACUUGGUGCGGAGGCUAUGAUGAUGGAUGCUUUGGAUAAAGUUGAAAAAGAACUCAAAAAGCCGCUCAUGCGUAAUGACAAGAAGGGAAUGGCUCUUCUUUUGUCAGAGUUUGAUAAGAUAAAUCAGAAACUUGGAGUUCGGAGGGAAGAUUUGCCCAAGUACGAAGAACAGUUGGAAGAUAAAAUUGCAAAAGCACAAUUAGUGGAGCUGAAGAAGGAAGCUCUUGAGGCAAUGGAAACUCAAAAGAAAAGGGAGGAAUUUAAGGACGAACCGAUGGUUGAUGUGAAAUCACUGGACAUCCGAAACUUCAUUUGAGAUUUGUUUGUGUUGUCAGUUUGUUUUGAGAUUAACAAUUGUUUGGAGAAUGCAAUCCAGCAAUUGGUUGAAGAUGAAGGAAUACCUCUUUAGGUAUUCUUUAAAAUAAAAAAAAGAGAUAUUUGUAAGCGAGAAGCUACAACUGUAUUACUGUUCUGUUCUUUUUUAAUGUUUCCAGUUAAUUCUGUUAAGGUUUUGCAAUCUUGCAUCAACCCUAGAGUUGAAAUUAGAGUUGGUAACUCCCCUUGUUUUGAUGGGUAAACUUGUUUCAACCAUCUAUUGUUACAUAUGGUUUGUAAGGCUUUGUUCCUGAA